GAGGAGGAGGAAGAAGUGAACAGUAGUGACUAGCUACUUGAUCUUGUAGCUGAUCAAGCUAUGGUGGGAAGCAGAGGAGGAGAUGUAGGGGUGGUAGCACUGGUGGUGGUGGUGCUGGUGGUGUCCAAGAACGGCGCCGUCGCGCAGUCGCCGCCGGCGCGGUGCAGCUCCGGCGACCUCGCGGCGCUGCGUGGCUUCUCGGCCGGGCUCGACGCCGCCGUCGACGGGUGGCCGGUGGUGGCCGCCGACGCGUCGAACGGUGACUACUGCUGCGCGUGGCAUGGCGUGGUGUGCGGCGCGGCGGGGGAGGUCGUCGGCGUGGUUCUGCCCAACUGGACGCUCCGGGGGGUGGUCGCCGAGUCGCUCACCGGGCUCGCCGCGCUCCGGGUGCUGAACCUCUCCGGCAACGCGCUCCGCGGCGCGCUCCCGGCGGGGCUCCUCCGGCUGCGGGGGCUCCAGGUGCUCGACGUCAGCGUCAACGCGCUGGAGGGCGCGGUGGCCGUCGACCUCCCGGCGAUACGCGUGUUCAAUGUCUCGUACAACGCGCUGAACGGCAGCCUCCCCGUGCUCGCCGGCGCCGGCGGCCUCACGGCGUACGACGUCUCCGGCAACAACUUCGUGGGCGCCGUCGACGCCGCCGCCUUAUGCCGCGCGUCGCCGAACCUGCAGAUACUGCGGCUCUCGAUGAACGGCUUCUCCGGCAAUUUCCCCGUGGGGUUCGGGCAAUGCCGGUCGCUCGUGGAACUCUCUCUCGACGGCAACGCCAUCGCCGGGGCUCUCCCCGACGACGUGUUCAACCUCACGUCGUUGCAGAUCCUCAGCCUCCGCAGCAACUCGGUCUCCGGCGGCCUGCCGCCGAGCCUGCGGAAACUCAUCAGCCUCGUCCGCCUCGACGUCUCCUUCAACAACUUCUCCGGCGAGCUUCCCGACGUGUUCGACGCGAUUGCUAGCCUCCAGGAGCUCUCGGCGCCGUCCAACCUGCUCACCGGCAAGCUGCCAGCGACGCUGUCGCAAUGCUCCCGCCUCCGCGUCCUCAAUCUCCGGAAUAACUCGCUCACCGGCGACAUCGGCCUCGAAUUCCGUGCCCUCCAGAGCCUCGUGUACCUCGACCUCGGUGUCAACCACUUCACGGGCCCAAUCCCGGCGAGCCUCCCCGAGUGCAGGGCCAUGACCGCGCUAAACCUCGGCCGGAACAGCCUCACCGGCGAGAUACCGGCGUCGUUCGCCGCAUUCUCGUCGCUGUCCUUCCUCUCGCUCACCGGCAACAGCUUCUCCAACGUCUCGUCGGCGCUGCAGACUCUGCAGGGGCUGCCCAACCUGACGAGCCUGGUGCUCACCAAGAACUUCCGCGGCGGCGAGGCGAUGCCGUCGGACAUCGCCGGGUUCGCUAAUAUCGAGGUGCUCGUCAUCGCCAACUGCGAGCUGCAUGGCGCCAUACCGGAGUGGCUCGCCGACCUCCGCAAGCUGAAGGUGCUCGACCUGUCGUGGAACCACCUCGCCGGCCCGAUCCCGCCGUGGCUCGGCGAGCUCGACCGCCUCUUCUACCUCGACAUAUCGAACAACUCCCUCCAGGGUGAGAUACCCCGCAAGCUGACGCAGAUGCCGGCGCUCAUGGCCGGCGGCGAUGGCAGCGACGAGGCGCACGUGCAGGACUUCCCGUUCUUCAUACGCCCCAACUCGUCGAUGAGCGGGCGGCAGUACAACCAGGUCAGCAGCUUCCCGCCGUCGCUGGUGCUGGCGCACAACGAGCUGACCGGCGGCGUCCCACCGGCGCUCGGGGCGUUGACCAGGGUGCACGUCGUUGACCUGAGCUGGAACCGGCUGUCGGGGCCGAUCCCGCCGGAGCUGUCGGGCAUGUCGAGCGUCGAGACGCUCGACAUGUCGCACAACGCGCUCUCCGGCGCCAUCCCGGCGUCGCUGACGCGGCUCAGCUUCCUGUCGCGCUUCGACGUCGCGUACAACAACCUCUCCGGAGAGGUCCCCAUCGGCGGCCAGUUCUCGACGUUCUCGCAUGGGGAGUUCGAGGGCAACCCCUUGCUCUGUGGCUUCCACGUGGCGCGGUGCCCGCAGCCGGACGCGCCGCAGGCCGUGGACGGCGGCGGCGACGGUGGCAGGCGCAAGGACCGGGGCACCAAUGUCGGCCUCAUGACGGCAAUCGUCGUCGGCACGGCGCUGCUUCUCGUGGUGACCGUGGUCGCGACGUGGCGGGCGUGGUCGAAACGGCAGGAGGACAACGCCAGGGUGGCGGCCGACGACGAGAGCGGCAGCCUCGAGUCGGCGUCGGCGAGGUCGACGCUGGUUCUCCUCUUCGCCAACGACGACGACGACGGCGGCGGCUCCAAUCGGACGAUGACCCUGGACGACGUGCUCAAGGCGACGGGCAACUUCGACGAGUCCCGCAUCGUCGGGUGCGGCGGGUUCGGGAUGGUGUACCGCGCGACGCUCCCCGACGGGCGGGAGGUGGCGGUGAAGCGGCUCUCCGGCGACUUCUGGCAGAUGGAGCGCGAGUUCCGCGCCGAGGUGGAGACCCUCUCCCGCGUCCGGCACCGGAACCUCGUCACGCUGCAGGGGUACUGCCGCGUCGGCAAGGACCGCCUGCUCAUCUACCCCUACAUGGAGAACGGCAGCCUGGACCACUGGCUGCACGAGCGCGCCGACGUCGAGGGCGGCGGCGCGCUGCCGUGGCCGGCGCGGCUGAGCAUCGCGCGCGGCGCGGCGCGCGGGCUGGCGCACCUGCACGCCUCGUCGGAGCCGCGUGUCCUCCACCGCGACAUCAAGUCCAGCAACAUCCUCCUCGACGCGCUCCUCGAGCCGCGGCUCGCCGACUUCGGGCUGGCGCGGCUGGUGCGCGCCCACGACGACACGCACGUGACCACCGACCUGGUCGGCACGCUAGGGUACAUCCCGCCGGAGUACGGCCACUCGUCCGUGGCCACCUACCGCGGCGACGUGUACAGCUUCGGCGUGGUCCUGCUCGAGCUGGUCACGGGGCGGCGGCCCGUGGACAUGGCCAGGCCCGCCGGCGGCGGCCGCGACGUGACGUCGUGGGCGCUCCGCAUGCGGCGGGAGGGCAGGGCCGACGAGGUGGUCGACGCGAGCGUCGGCGAGAGGCGGCACCGCGACGAGGCGGGCAGGGUGCUCGACGUGGCGUGCGCUUGCGUCAGCGACAACCCCAAGUCGCGGCCGACGGCGCAGCAGCUGGUGGAGUGGCUGGAUGCCGUCGCCGCCGCGCCGGCGUCGACUGACACGGAUCACAGCGCUAGUAGAUGAUCAAAAUCACUAAAUGCAAAAAACUUUAGCUGAUUCCUCCAGUGUUCUGCAUGGCUGAAAGUUUUGCAGUAAGCAGAGUAGAUUAUUGUGCAAACCACCAUAAGGCACACAGUACAGUAAAAUCAUGGUAAUUACUACUAAUUGACACUGUAACAGUACACAUGUAUAGUGAUUAGUGAUCAGUGGUUUGUUGCUGUUAGUUUACAGCUGCGAGUUGUGUGGUGUGCAUAGCAACUGCAGUUCUAUCUGCACUGCAAGCUCAAAGUUGAGCUGUGCAGGAUUCCAAGUAAUUAAU